AUGUCUGGACGCGGAAAGAGCGGCGGAAAGGGCCUCGGCAAGGGCGGUGCCAAACGUCACCGCAAGAUCUUGCGGGACAACAUCCAAGGUAUCACCAAGCCGGCCAUCCGAAGACUUGCCCGUCGAGGAGGAGUCAAGCGAAUCUCCGGGCUGAUCUACGAAGAGACCCGCGGGGUGCUGAAAAUCUUUCUCGAGAAUGUCAUCCGGGACUCCGUCACCUACACCGAGCACGCCAAGCGGAAAACGGUCACCUCGCUCGAUGUCGUCUAUGCCCUCAAGCGACAGGGCCGGACACUCUACGGCUUCGGAGCAUAA